AUGUCCUUGAAGGAUGUGUACAAUCCGGACAACAUGAAACUGAUUGACAUGAGACGCGUCGGAGCAUACAGUCAUGGCUGGAUUAUAUUCACAGUGGUGAAGGCGGUUAAUUCCUGGGUGAAUGACACUUCGCCAAACUACGGCUUUCUGGUAAAAGCGACGUCUUUGUCGGGAGAAUUACUCAACGGAACUCUGGUGCGUUUUGCUCAGCGAAAGGAACACCACGAUACGAAACAGCCGAUUCUGGUGCUAUUCACGGACGACGGUUUACAGAAACACAGGAACUUCAUCUCACCCAGUGAUGAAGAUGGAGUCAAAACCUAUCUGAUUCUGUUCACGUUUUAUCUAUCUCUGUCUCCUUUCUUUAUCUCUCUAUCUAUCUAUCUAUCUAUCUAUCUAUCUAUCUAUCUAUCUAUCUAUCCUAUCUAUCCAUCCAUCUAUGUCUGCUCUAUCUAUCUAUCUAUCUAUCUAUCUGAUCAUCUAUCAUCAUCUAUCUGA